AUGGCAGCUCAGCCAGGAGACUAUGGCAGCUCGUCCACGCCAGGAGAAUAUGGCGGCUCGCCCACUCUAGAAGACUAUAGCAACUCAUCCACGCCAGGAGACUAUGGCAGCUCGGCCAGGCCAGGAGACAAUGGCAGCUCAUCCACUCUAGAAGAUUAUAGCAGUUCAUCCACACCAGGAGACUAUGGCAGCUCGCCCAGGGAAGGAGACUAUGGCAGCUCAUCCACACCAGGAGACUAUGGCAGCUCAUCCACACCAGGAGACUAUGGCAGCUCGCCAAGCUCAGCCAGGCCAGUAGACUAUGGCAGCUCGUCCACUCUAGAAGACUAUGGCAGCUCGUCCACUCUAGAAGACUAUAGCAACUCAUCCACGCCAGGAGACUAUGGCAGCUCGUCCACGCCAGGAGAAUAUGGCGGCUCGCCCACUCUAGAAGACUAUAGCAACUCAUCCACGCCAGGAGACUAUGGCAGCUCGGCCAGGCCAGGAGACAAUGGCAGCUCAUCCACUCUAGAAGAUUAUAGCAGUUCAUCCACACCAGGAGACUAUGGCAGCUCGCCCAGGGAAGGAGACUAUGGCAGCUCAUCCACACCAGGAGACUAUAGCAGCUCGCCCAGGCCAUGA